UGGACCUAUAAAUGUGGAGCUGUCUCCAUAAUUAUUGCAGGAAGAAACUGUGAGUGAAUUCUUCAAGGAAGAAGAAAAGUGCAGCUUUGUCCAUAGUAUUGAAAGCCAAUUAGUUGUUGAUUUUUCAAACCUUGAGAUCAGACUCUGGGACUUUAAGGGUUCAGUUAAUUCUUGAUAAUCAUGGAGAUUUCAAGCUUCAGAACCUUAGCUGAUUUGGGAAUGGAAGAUCCUUUGUUCUUCCAGCAAUGGUCUGUGGAUCCGCUCGACGAGCUGAGCUCUGUGUCGAUUGCUUCUGCAUUCGGUGGAGACUUUCAUCACUCCUACACCUCUCAACAGGCGCCGGCUGCACAGCUGGGCUUCAAACGGGCACCGGAGCCGUCUCCAGCAGGAGAAAACAAGCCAUUGAAGCAACUCAAAACCACCACCGUCGCCUGGAAUAACUCUUGCAAGCCUGAAAACAUAUCUAGUUCACCUCCUCCAAGCAGUACUGUUAACUUAGGAUUCAACAAUAUCAGUACUAUAACUAAUUCGGUUGUGGGAAUGGUGAAGCCUAAAGAGGAAACCUGGUCUUCUUCCAGCACUAUAACUUUCCCGUCCGAAUCAAUUGUCUCACAGGCCUCUUUCGGCAACCAAAACUACGUGCUGAAGCCGUGCCAGGGCGCUAAGCGGAUCAGCACCACCACCCGUCUAGCUCAGGCCCAAGACCAUAUUUUAGCCGAGAGGAAAAGGAGAGAAAAGCUCAGCCAGCGAUUCAUCGCUUUGUCUACUCUAGUCCCUGGAUUGAAAAAGAUGGACAAGGCUUCUGUUCUUGGAGAUGCCAUCAAGUACAUGAAACAACUCCAGGACAAAGUGAAGUCUCUUGAGGAGCAAACAAAGAAGAGAACAAUGGAGUCUGUGGUUUUCGUUAAGAAAUAUGAAGUCCACAACAGCGGUGAUCAUGCUGAGAAUUCUUCCUCGGACGAGAGCUUCUCCAAUGGGCCUGUAAUAACUGAGCAACUCCCAGAAAUUGAGGCAAGAUUCUGCAAUAAAGAUGUGCUCAUCAGCAUUCACUGUGAGAAACGAAAAGGGGUCCUGGAGAAAACUGUUGCCGAGAUUGAGAAGCUCCAUUUAUCAGUUGUUAACAGCAGUGUCAUGAGCUUUGGAGAGUCUGCUCUCAACAUCACUGUAAUUGCACAGAAGGAUGAAGAUUUCACCAUGAACAUGAAGGAACUGGUCAAGAAUUUAAGGGCUACUCUCAAAGUGUUCAUGUGAAACUGAAGUUCUUGCAGCUAGCUACCUUAAUUAAACUUCUGAAUAAACCUAGUUACAAGUAUUCAAGAUUCCCCGUUUCUUAGGUUACCGCCAUUAGAGAUCAUCAGUCGUCAACAUGAAGUCUAGCUUGUUUUGCUAUGGGGUUCAUUUUGAAGAAGGGUUUUUCUAUUUCUGACUUUUUUUCAUGGUUUAAGAUCAGUUCUUGGCCAUGUUAAUUAUUACCCUUCUGUUGUAAAGUGAGUCACCUCAUAGCUUUGUUUUAGGUUUUUGUGUUUAUGUAAGAUUG